CUCUCUUCCUGCAGUACAAAUAUUAGCGAGGUCUAUUUCCCCUCCAUUUUGGAAAUAAUAUUACAUUAGUGCUUGAAGCAGCUCUUUUGGGAAAUAAUGCUGAUGACUCAACAGUGAAAGCAAUACAACAGGACAUUGGUGGUUCUCCCUCAGCUAGCAGUCCAAAGUGUGAUUGGGGAAAAAAUACUAUGAAUUAUGGAGGACUAUCUCCUGUGCGCUAGUGUAGUGGCACUCAAAGAUUACAUGUCCUGACCACGAUGAAUUUGAUUGUACCUAAGCAUCUCUGUGAUAACUUGUGAUUUUUUUUCCCUUGGGAGCAAUGUCAUCAUUUGUGGCACGAGAAUUGUUCCCCCAGGCUGUCGAAGGCAGUUCAGUCUUGACCAUGGAUAUUCUGGCUAAGAAGUUUCGUGAGCAGUCAUUGGAAGAAUCAAACAAUCAAAAUUCAUCACAAAUAAAGUUUAUCCGUCCUGGGGAAGGUUUUAGACUAAGUCGCAAUGCUGAAGCCAGGCUGGCAGGGGCAGACAAAAAGGUGUUUACAGUACAGCUGAACCCUAAUGAAAGAGACAAUGUAAUGAGUGGCUCUCCUUUUGAGGGUUACCCAGAAAACUAUAGGGAGCAGUCAGUGUGUGACAAAAAUGCCAACUGCCAAGUGGAUCCACCCUCAAAGAGACACUGUCGUUCACUAUCUGUACCUGCAGAUAAAAUGUGUCCACAAAGAUGGCAACCUCAGGAGACACAAGUCUGGAGGCCAGUAGCUGUGAUAUCCAGUGACAGACAACACCCCACAAAUCCUUGUUACUUAAAUCCUUCGAAGUGCAGUGACCUCACCCAACAGACUUCAGAUUUUAUUAGUAUAGCUCCCACAAAUUUUCAUUAUGAGCCGGGAGGAGGUCAAGGAUUACAUAUACCACCUGAUAUUUUCACCCCACCUGAAUCACCCAUUCCCCGCCCUUCAUCCACUUCCACAUGUUCGGGUCGUCAUGACAUUUCAUACCAAAGGCUUCAUGCUUUUGACAACCGUAGUCUUUCAUAUGAGGACCAAAUCUCAUCAAGCUCUUCAGCAGGGUCAACUCCCAGUGUUCCUGUAUUUAUUGGGUCAGUUCAGUCAUCGCCGCACCGACACAGAAUUCCUCGAUGUCGUUCACAGCCCUCUGUACUGCAUGAUAGAAAGUAUGGAGUCAAACGACGAAGAGACCAUGACCAGAGACCGGCACUGAACUUCCUGAAAAUGACAGAGAAGGGGAGAGUAUCACGGGUAUCACGAUUCCAUGAGGAGCUGGAGUCUGUCAUGAGUCUCAUGCCUAUUGCCAGUUCUCCUCUGGACAAAGAUGUCCCUCUAAGUCGAGCCAUGGAGUCCAGUACAAGUCCUAUCACAGAGAUGGAGCAAGGGAGAACAAGCAGUGCUGAGUUCCUGGAUCAUGACCCCAAUGACCUGGAAGAGGAGGAUGGACCUGUCCAGCUUCUGGGUGACUCAGAUGAAGUGGAGGAAAUCUUCACUCUUCAGGAGGACUUAGAUUUAGAACAAAUUGAGACAAAUUAACUGUUGUCUGUCCCUUAGCUCUGUUUUCUUUUUCCCUUUGAAAUCAGAAAUUUUAAAUUUACCUUUAAUUUUUUUUUUUUUUUGUAAUUGUAUAAACUAUAGUGUUUUGAAUUUUACACAUGGGGAGAACUAAUUACAUCUUUUUUUCUUUUUUCUGUACAAAAUGUUUCCGUCCAAGUGAUUUAAAAAAUAAUAUUGCAAUUUGUAUAACAUUGCAUUUUCAAUUAACUUUAAUAAUCUACUUGUACAUGAAGGUUCAUUUUUUUCAGUGUGGACAUCACUACAGUAAAGUGAAAAUGUAUUACUAGUAAAUCCUUUAGAUUAUCAUUAAAUGAGAGAAAUUUAUGUAUAUAUAUACCUCAGUGACAUCAAAUUUGUUGCAUUUAUGAAUACUUUCUCAAACAGUUUGGACAUAUGAGAAAUUACAUGUAGAUGUUGGCAACAUUCCAGUAACAAACAAUAUUACAUCUUUUCAUCAUUUCAAACACUGCAUUCUAAUAACAAAAGAAAAGAUCGAGUUAACUAAAAUUUGUAUUCUGUGUGGGUCCAUUAUAGACUUAUAGUGCAUUUGUAUUAAAUUAACUGCAAUGAAGAGCAAUUCAUUGGACAAAUUUUGAUGAACUGUAAAAUGUCUUAUAUAAUGCAACCUGUAGAAUUGAACCCAACAAAUAAGCCUGUCUCAUUCCUAUUUAUUACUUUUUAUUAUGUAUUUAAUAUAUAUUGGCAUUUAAUGUCAACUUUAGUCCUUCAUUUUUAAUAAUAUCUACAAGAUGCAAGUGUUGAAAUCCACUUGGUGAUUAUUUAAAGUCAAUGUUCUGACUUACUGCUAAAAAACUGGACAAAUGGUUUUGUAAUGGUACCUUUCUUUUGAUUAGGUAUAAGAUUUAGACUUAUGGAUAGAUGCUGCUUGAAUUUUGCAUAAUUAGAUUAAACUUUGCUUAAUUUCCUGUCUUGAAAGCCAUGAACCAAUACAAAAAUAUGCAUAUUACUCUGAAUUCAAAAGUUGUUGCAUAUAUUGAAGCUAGAUAGAAAACAAAAUGUAAUUUUCUUGGAUUUUUAACUAAAGUAGCUAGAUCUUGUAAUUUUUCCCCCUUAUCAACACACCAUGAAGUUAACAAUUCAUUCAUAUUUAACUUUUUUGAUAUUUUGUUACACAUCAUUGAGAAAAUGGUGAAAUUAAUGGCAUAUCAAUUUAUGGAGUCUAUUAUUCAAUGUCUGAUGAAGAAAUGGCAUAUUCAUUCUUUCAUAUCAAUACAUUUUUACAGUUGGUGGUACAAUUUGUUUUUUAUCUCUUUUUUUCAAAGGAAAAUUACUUAAAAAGGACAUAUAUUGUCACUUUAAUUAUAGAAACUAGUCUGGGUGUACAGUAUAUUUUGAUCAGAACCCAAAUUAUUGAAUGACAGAAAAGGAAAGAAUUGAUGAAAAAUAGAAUACAUAUAAUGCACUGAAAGAGAUAAUGAAAUCCAAAAAUGUUAUUUGUAUAUUUAGACCUAAUUAACUAGAUGGGAUCAAUAAGGAAAGCACACAAAAACAGGAAUAAGUGAUUGAUUUUAUUGACAGAAACAUUCAGGGAUAAUUGUGUCAAAAUUAGCCAAGUACAGUGGCGUCAAAUUUAUUGCUGUAGCAUUUCCCUUGCUUUGAGUAAGGUUUGUUUUUUAAUUCAUCUACAUAUUGUACACUGGAUAGUCAUGUAGAGACAGAACAAAGCUGUAUAUUGACUUUGCCAGUCACUAUACAGAUGCUGAAGUGUGUUACUGUGUGUCAUAAUUAGAGAGAGAGACAUUUUGAUUAAAAUCAUGGCAUUGUUAAAAUUAUGUGGUUAAAUAAAUGAAAAUUUAUUCUG